AUGACUGCCUCCUUCUUGCAGUUCACUGAAGAAAAGCUGGGCCAGGCUGAGAAGACUGAACUAGAUGCCCACUUUGAAAACCUUAUGGCCAGGGCAGACUGCACAAAGAACUGGACGGAGAAGAUCUUGCGUCAGACUGAAGUCCUGCUACAGCCAAACCUUAGUGCCAGAGUAGAGGAAUUCCUCUAUGAGAAGCUUGACCGGAAGGUGCCUUCCCGGGUCACCAACGGGGAGCUGCUGGCACAGUACAUGACAGAAGCAGCUAAUGACUUUGGGCCAGGGACACCUUAUGGGAAGACCUUGAUAAAAGUUGGGGAGACUCAGAGGCGCUUAGGUGCAGCAGAACGGGACUUCAUCCAGUCUGCUGCCAUCAACUUCCUGACCCCGCUGCGCAACUUCCUGGAAGGGGACUGGCGAACCAUAUCUAAAGAGAGGAGGACCCUGCAGAACUGCCGCCUGGAUCUGGAUGCCUGCAAGGCCAGGUUGAAGAAAGCCAAAGCUGCCGAGGCAAAAGCAGCGGCAGAGCACGAGCUGAGGCUCACGCAGACCGAGUUUGACCGUCAGGCCGAGGUGACACGGCUCCUGCUGGAGGGGAUCAGCAGCACACACGUGAAUCAUCUUCGCUGUCUCCAUGAGUUUGUGGAGUCUCAGACCAACUACUAUGCUCAGUGCUACCAGUACAUGCUGGACCUGCAGAAGCAACUGGGCAGAUUUUCAGGCACGUUUGUAGGCAAUGCAGAAUCCACCUCUCCUCCCCCAGCUGCUGCCUCUCCUCCGGCGGGUGCUGCUGCCACCCUCCCUGCUGUGCCUACCAUCCCGGUCGUGCCCACCAUUGUUGGGGUGCCCAAUGCCGUGGCAGAGGGUGUGCUGAACCCAAAUGAAGUCAAGCCUCCGGCCAGUGGCACACGGAAGGCCAGAGUCCUCUAUGAUUACGAAGCAGCUGACAGCACCGAGCUGGCGCUCCUUGCAGACGAGAUGAUCACUGUGUACAGCCUGCCAGGCAUGGAUCCCGACUGGCUCAUAGGGGAAAGAGGGAACCAGAAAGGGAAAGUUCCUGUCACUUACUUGGAACUGUUAAGUUAAAUGUUUCCAGGAAGAAGAAUGUACAAGCAGAAUGCACCCCUCAUCUCCUGGCACUCCUAAUGCGGACUUCUUCAUCCGAGACCAUUGCUCUCUUCAGGGUCGACACUCCAUUGCUAGUAUGGGAAUUGUGGGAAAGGAGUGGUAAACUGUUACAGGAAGGUUUUGGGAAAGGGCUGAUGGCACCCAGGACUGGAUUCAUUCACUACCAGUGCAGCUGCUUUGGGGUUAGUCUUGAUGGUGCAAGAUUCCUUGAUCACUUGUUUCUUUUCCUACCCUACCCCAGUGUCAUUUGUCAGAGUGGCUUUCCCAGGGCGAGCAAGCUGUACCCCUCAGCUCAUGGGGUUUAAGUUACACUUCCCUUGUGCCUGGUGUGGGUUGGUGCCUGUCUGCCCCUCCUGUCCUCCCUCCUCAGCAGUAGAAUUCCCUAAGUCAAACCAUCAAGCAUUCCAGUGGGAAGUGUCC